AUGAAGCGUUUGACUCGGAUGAUGGAAAGGACAGCUUGGCAUUCUCCAGACUCUACCCUUUUCCAGGAAGAAGAGGAUAUGGCCAGUUCUCUUGAAACAGUGACAUUUAAGGAUGUGGCUGUGGACCUCACCCAGGAGGAAUGGCAGCAAAUGAAACCUGCUCAGAGGAACUUGUACCGUGAUGUGAUGCUGGAGAACUACAGCAACCUAGUCACAGUGGGUUGUCAAGUCACCAAACCAGAUGUGAUCUUCAAGUUGGAGCAGGAAGAGGAGCCAUGGGUGGUAGAAGAAGAACUGCUUGGGAGGCACUGUUCAGAAGUUUGGAAAGUUGAUGAGCAGAUCAAGAAGCAACAGGAAACCCUUGUGAGGAAUAUCACAUCCAUCUCCAAGAAAACUCUGAUUAAGGAAAAUGUCCUUGAAUAUAAAAAUGUUGCAAAAGACUUUAAUCAUAGAUUUGACCUCAUCAGACAUGAGAGAACUCAUGCUGGAGAGAAACCCUAUGAAUGUAAGGAAUGUGGAAAAGCUUUCAGUAGGAAGGAAAAUCUUAUUACACAUCAAAAAAUUCAUACUGGGGAAAAACCAUAUAAGUGUAAUGAAUGUGGAAAAGCUUUCAUUCAGAUGUCAAACCUUAUUAGACACCAGAGAAUUCAUACUGGAGAGAAACCUUAUGCAUGUAAGGAUUGUUGGAAAGCCUUCAGUCAGAAAUCAAAUCUCAUUGAACAUGAGAGAAUUCAUACUGGAGAAAAACCCUAUGAAUGUAGGGAAUGUGGAAAAGCCUUCAGCCAGAAGCAAAAUCUUAUUGAGCAUGAGAAAAUUCAUACUGCUGAGAAACCCUAUGAAUGUAAUGAAUGUGGAAAAGCCUUCAGCCGGAAAGAAAAUCUUAUUACACAUCAGAAAAUUCAUACUGGAGAAAAACCUUAUGAAUGUAAUGAAUGUGGGAAAGCUUUUAUUCAGAUGUCAAACCUCAUCCGACACCAGAGAAUUCAUACUGGUGAAAAACCCUAUGCAUGUACAGUAUGUGGGAAAGCCUUUAGUCAGAAAUCAAAUCUCACAGAACAUGAAAAAAUUCAUACUGGAGAGAAACCCUAUCAUUGUAAUCAAUGUGGGAAAGCUUUUAGUCAGAGACAAAACCUCCUUGAACAUGAAAAAAUUCAUACUGGAGAGAAACCAUUUAAAUGUAAUGAGUGCGGUAAAGCUUUUUCUCGAAUCUCAUCCCUUACUCUUCAUGUUAGAAGUCAUACAGGGGAGAAACCGUAUGAAUGUAACAAAUGUGGAAAAGCCUUCUCUCAAUGCUCAUUACUUAUUAUACAUAUGAGGAUUCACACUGGUGAGAAACCCUAUGAAUGUAAUGAAUGUGGAAAAGCAUUCUCUCAAAGAGCAUCCCUUUCUAUACAUAAGAGGGGUCAUACAGGGGAGAAACCAUACAAGUGUAAGCAAUGUGGGAAAGCCUUUCACCAUGGCUCAGAACUUACCAGACAUCCGAGAGCUCACACGGGUGAGAAACCUUAUAAAUGCAAGGAAUGUGAAAUGGCCUUUACUUGUAGCACAGAACUUAUCCGGCAUCAAAAAAUUCACACUGGUGAGAGACCCCAUAAAUGUAAGGAAUGUGGGACGGCUUUUAUUCGACGAUCAGAACUUACUCAUCACGAGAGAAAUCAUAAUGGUGAAAAACCCUAUGAGUGUAAGGAAUGUGGAAAGGCCUUUGGCCAUGGCUCAGAGCUUAGUCGACACCAGAAAAUUCAUACUGGUGAGAAACCCUAUGAAUGUGAGCAAUGUGGGAAGGCCUUUAUUCGUGUCUCACACCUUAGUCAACAUCAAAGAAUUCAUGCAGGACAGAGGAGUGAGUGA